UUCAUAACUUUGUUUUUUUUUUAAUUUAUUAGUAACUUAUUUUUAUUUUUUCUUCCACCUUUUAUUCUGACAACGUACUGUACCACCACGAUAAACAUGAUGUAUAACAGUUUUGAGUUUAUAGUUAACUUUCUUCGCUUGACUUGGUAAGACAAGCUCGUGUGCAGCGAACUUUGGUGUUACAUAUAUCACCAGUAUCUUCAUAUAAAUAAAUGUAGACUUAUAAUUAUGGGUCCCAACAAUUAUCAAAAUCAUUUGGAGUUUUUCACACUGAGGAAGUAAGUCGAUAAAAAAAAAUAUCAACAAUGACAACAACUUGCUGUCAAAGAUAUGUUGGUUCCCAGAUACGUAAAUACGUUAGUUGUCGAUUUAAAGCCACGAUGGCAGCCAUCUUGGCACCUGAAUAUGAAACUGAGCAUGCAAAGUCAUUUGAAGAUAUCCCAGGUCCGCCAUCACUGCCGUUUGUCGGAGCACUAGUUAACCAUUUUCCUUGUGGUGCAUUUCACGGAAAAACUCCCCCACAAAUUUAUGAAAUGUGCCGGCAAAAAUAUGGAGACAUAUAUAAAGAAAGAAUUUUUCACUUCUCGUUCGUUCAUGUUUUUGAUCCUGAUGAUUUUGAAACUGUUUUUCGAGCUGACGGGAAGUAUCCAAUUAGAGAAGCGUUCAUGACCUUGACCCAUUACAAUAGAAAGUAUAACGGGAAUGUUCAAGGCAUCAUAACCAGUCAAAAUGAAACAUGGCAAAAGCUUCGAAGUACGUUUCAACAAAAAAUGCUACGACCAAAGGCAGUGGCUGCUUAUUUUGAUGAACAGUCAAAGGUUGCAGACGAACUUGUAGAAAAAUUCUCGCGUACCAAAUGUGUAAAUGGCAUUGUAGAAGAUAUUCGCAGUGAUCUCACAAAAUUUGCAACGGAAGGUAUUGGUUUAGUGUGCUUCAAUAAAAGAUUUGAUCUGUUAUUGAGUAAGGAGGAGAAUGCUGAAGCAAGACAGUUCCUAUAUUAUGUUCGUGUAAUUAUGGACACAACACAUAACGAAUUUAGGAGACUUCCAUUUUACAAACUAUUUGAGACGCCCUCAUACAAAGAGUUUGUGAAGGCAAAGAUUUUUGUAAAAGAAAUGGCAAAUAAAUACUCAAAACAAGCUUUAAAAGAAAUGGAAGAACGAUCAAAAGACGGUACAGAAGUAGAUGGGGAGAAUGGCGAUCUCAUUCCUUAUCUAAUGAGCAAGUCUUCUCUAACAGAGGAAGAAGUUUUCAAAGUCAUUAGUGAAUUCAUAUUAGUAGGAGUCGACACAACAAGUCAUCACAUAGCCUAUAUGUUAUAUUUAUUGGGAACACAUCCUGAUGUCCAAGAAAAGCUCCACGAAGAAAUUUCAAGACACAUUGACAAGACAUUGUCUAUCGACAACCUACAACAAAUGACUUACUUAAAAGCAGUGGACAAAGAAGUUCAUAGAUUGCUGCCAGUAGCUGGUGGAACUAUUAGAAGACUGACACAGGAUAUUAAUCUACGGGGCUAUCAUAUACCUGCUGGGACAACUGUUGCAGUUCACUGGGAACAAUCGAUGCUGGAUGAAGUCAACUUUAAAGAUGCUCAUUCCUUUAAGCCAGAACGAUGGUUGAGAGAUAACGUAAAUAGAAAGGAAAUUCAUCCAUUUGCCGCAAUACCAUUUGGCGUAGGACAAAGAUCCUGCAUAGGACGACGGUUUGCUGAACAAGAGACAUUUCUUGCAGUUGUUAAGAUACUUCAAAGUUAUCAAAUACAAUAUGUCGGAGAAGAUCUAAAAUUAGACUAUGGUGUUAAUGUUGCUCCUGCUACCAAAAUGAGAUUCCAGUUUACACCAAGAAAUCCAACACACUGAAUUGGAUAUGGAAUGACAACUGGUAAUAUAUCCUGACGUUUACACGACUGUCCAUUCCAAAAAAAAAACGCAACGGGUGAUAUAAUUCCCAUGGAAAGAUGACAACGUGAUAAUAUUACUAUGUACAAUAUUUGAAAUGUGGCCAUCCCUCUCUUGUGACAUUUCCGGUCAGAUUUAUGAAUGAACUUGUAACUUGAUAAGUGCAUUUAUUAUUUAUCGUAAAGCAUUGUAUAAGGAUGUUUGUACUUGUGAGAAUACAGUUUCAGUAUAGAAAAACAAACAUAUACCCAUAAUAGGUAACUAUAGAUUAUACUAUCAAAUAAAGGGAAUUUAUACCGGAUUCACCCAUAGUAUAAACUAUGUGACUUCUGCUUCAAAUACUGAUUUGAAAAUGCGAUCUAUUUGCCGUAUAGAAUGAAAACGUAAAACUUAUUAUGGAAUCUAUGUAAUUUUGCAUGAAUUUUACAAAAAUACCGAACUCCAAGGUAAAUUCGAAAGGGGUUAGUCCUUAAAAACUGACAAAACCAAACGCAUCAUUAUUUCAACUAAUAUAACAGAUAGAUUGCAAUGAACAGCCUAUCACAUUAUCAGGGUCUAUAAUAUUAUUUUGGUCACUUGCAAAAGUUAAAAUAACACCAAAAGUCCAUGGUAAUUUUAGUAUUUUUUCCUUGCCACUUUGAGAAUAUUAUGCAUUCAGGGAAACCUUUUUUUAAAAAUGGACAUUAAACUUAGUGAAAAGAGAGCAACAUCCUAAACGAUUGACCUUGUACUAAAUGCAUAACGUUAUUUUCAUUUUGGUGUAUUCAAAAAUAAAUUAACAUUUACUUACAAUCUGUUGGAUUAGGAAUAGGCAAAAUGCUUCAUUUUUAAAUAAAAUAGAUUUUAUGUAGAUAUUUUGACGUGAUAUAGCACAAUAUGACAUUAUAUUUAAUUAUAGUUAUAUAAGGGACUUGCUCAACAUUUCGAAGGUUAAAACUACGUAUUUUGACGCGAUAUUGCACGCAUAUAUUAAUAUAUUUCAUUAGAGUAAUAUUUGAGAAUUGCCCAAAAUAGCCAAGUAAAACUGUAUAUAUUUUGACGCGAUAUUAAACACAUAUGACAUAAUAUAUAAUUAGGGUAGUAUUACAGAUUUACUCAACACAGCAAAAGUAAAACUGUAUAUCUGUUAAUCUGUAUAUAACAGAAUAACAAGACGGGUUGUUCAAACCUUCAUGUCAAAUUAACGGCAGUUUUCUGUUAAACAAUUAGGAAAUGUUUUGUUGUCAGAACUGUACAUUUAUUUAAAUAUGUAUAUAUAUGUUCAUCUGUACAUAGAUCACUUAAAAUACAAUUCACUGAAAUAACGAUUCUACAGAAUUAAACCUCACUAUUAAAAUGUUGUUAAAUGUUAAAAGAAGUAAAGUUUUUUUUUCAUUUUAAGCUAACAUAUUUUUAUCUAUGUUUUUCAAUGCUUACGAAUAAUGUAAAUAUCAUUAUAAGAGGUUUAAUCUUAGAGGAAAACCAUUAAACAAAAGCUCAUAAAAAAGCCUACUAGCAAUUGGUGCCAUCAUAUACAUUGCAACACAUUCUUAUAGAGUGCAAUAUAUCAAUAAGUUAUUUGUGUAUUUUGUUUAAUUAUUUAUUUAAUGUUGUAUGUAAAAGUUUAUUAAAAGAUUUAUCAAAGAUA